CAUAUAAACCGCUCUAAAACCUCAUCAAUUCUCAUCAGUUCCAGCUUCAAAUCACGGCUCAUAUGGAGAAUCUGAAGGCAAACCUGGUCAGAGUUCUGGAAGUCACCAAGGUGUCUCCACUUCCGGCCUCACCUUCCUCCGCCGCCGACUUCUCUCUUCCUUUUACCUACCUUGAUGCUCUGUUUUUAAAAAUCCCUCCCACAGAGCGACUCUUCUUCUACUCUUUACCCGAUCCCCCAUUGUUGGACUCCAAUUCCAUCGUCACUCAUCUCAAGCACUCCCUCUCUCUCACUCUCCAACAUUUCCUCCCUCUCGCUGGAAAUCUCGUUUGGCUACCGGAAUCUCCUAAACCCACCGUUCUUUACUCCCCUGGCGAUGCUGUUUCCCUCACUGUCGCCGAGACUGAUGCUGACUUCACCCACUUCUCUUGUACUGGAAUCCGUAGAGUGGAAGAGUGCCGCCCCUUUGUCCCGGAAUUGCCGGCGGUGGAUGAUUCGGUUCCGGUAAUGGCUCUGCAGAUCACUCUGUUCCAAAACAGGGGAUUGUCCAUCGGCAUCUCCAAUCACCACGCCUUCGUUGAUGGCAAAAGCUCGAUCAUGUUCUUGAAAUCGUGGGCUCACAUUUUCAAGCACACCCAAAACAAUCCCGAAUCCCCCAUUACUCUACCGCCAGAACUAACCCCAUUUUUCGAUCGGUCCAUUAUCAAAGACCCAAAAGGAAUCGACCUGCUCUACAUCAACUACUGGCUAAAAAAGACCAACCCCACCGACCCAUCAAUCAAGAGCCUUAAAUAUUUCCCAAAUUUGGGAGUUUCACCAGAAAUGGUGAGAGGGACAUUCGAAUUAACCCGCACAGACAUUGAAAAUCUCAGAAAAUCAGCAACAAAGGAAGACGAAUCACCGACCCGAUUCUCAUCGUUCGUUCUCGCAUUCGCGUACAUAUCGAUUUGUGCGGUAAAAUCAGCGAGAAUAGAACAGAAGAACAAGAGAGUGUACCUGGGCUUCUACGCCGAUUGGCGGGCGCGGCUGGAUCCGGUAGUGCCGACCAACUAUUUCGGGAACUGCGGCGGAAGCCAUGGAGUUUUUGCGGAAGCGGGGGCAUUGGAAGAUGAUGAAAAGGGAUUGGGGGUCGCAUCGAAGAGGAUUCAUGAGACGAUACAGAGGUUGGAUGAGAAUGUGACAAAGGGGGCGGAGGAAACUUUGUCGAAAUGGGAGAAGGUGGAAGAGGAGAUUAAGUUCGUCGGAGUGGUUGGGUCGCCGAGAUUGGGGGUUUAUGGGUUGGAUUUCGGGUGGGGAAAACCAGAGAAUGUGAAGAUGGUUUCGAUUGAGAGGACUGGUUCGAUUUCGUUGGCGGAUAGACGAACCGGAGAUGGGAUUGAAUUCAGUUUGGUGCUUUCUCAGCCUGAAAUGCUCCGUUUUGCCUCCAUUUUUUCCGAUGGUCUUAGAACUCUUUAGCUUUCUUUGUACUCUCUUCCGAAGAAAAAUAAAAACAUUUCUCGUUCCAUCUCA